AUGGAACCAGUCUCUGUCAAAGAUCCUUCUGAAUUUACAGUUGAAUGCAGCUCGAUUGAAGUACCAACGCUGUCUUCAUCGAUUAGUAUUGAUCAUCAAAUUUUAAUUAGUAGCAUAUCAUUUGUACAAUCCAAACAAGAUGUUCUCUCUACAAAUUCUACUGAAACAUCAACGAUCACCAAUGAUAUAAGAAAAGCAAAAUUCACAUUUGACACGUUGGAACCAAUUAUAAACACUUGGGACGACGUAUUUGCUGAUUCACAACAAGACGAUAUUACAACAUCAGCCGAUAUUGAAUCAAUAGAAAAAUAUUCAGCGAACUCAACAAAGGAAGCAUUAACAGAUGAAGCUGUAUUUCUAGGUGAUGCACAUGCAGCCGAUCCAGACGACGACGAUUUAUCGUUUGAAAUGGUCACCAAUGAUCAAAGUACAAAUGAAGUUGUAAUACAAAAUGAAAAUUUAGGAAGAAAACAAGAUCAAUCGAAACGAAUACGAAAAAGAAUUUUUACUCGUUCUCUUAAAAAAGGUCAGAUUAUUAUCAUGGAUAAAAACCCAACUGGUGGUGUUAUGGCACGUGUUGUUAAAAUUCUUGGCCGUACUGGCAGUCAGGGACAAUGUACACAAGUACGUGUCGAAAUUAUUGAUACAUCAUCAUCGAAACGAUCGAUUAUUCGUAAUGUUAAGGGUCCAGUACGUGUUGACGAUGUACUCGUUCUAUUAGAAUCUGAACGUGAAGCACGUCGACUUCGAUAA